GCCAAAGCUUCACGGGCUGAUUUCCAUGUCUGUAACUAAACUCGUCUUCUUCCCAAGCUUGGACUGUAUCUCAUCGAUUUAUCCUUCUUUCUUCGUCCCAUUCCCUUCCCUUCCCCGAUGAGAUCCCCACCAUCCUCCAAACCCUAACCCCAGCCAUGGCCCCCGCCGCUGCCGCCGCCGCCCCGGCGGUCAAAUCCGAUGACGAGGACGACUACGAGGAGUACAUCCCCGUCUCCAAGCGCAGGGCCAUGGAGGCCGACCGCCUCCGCCACCAGCGCCUCUCCAAGCCCACCGCCCCCUCCUCCGCAGGCUCCCCAGCCUCCCUCCCGCCGCCUCCGCCCCAACCGACGACCAACCCCGCGGCCGCCCCCGAUGCCGUCGCGCCCUCCGCCAAGCCCAGCCUCCUCGUCACGUCCACGCAGCUCAAGCGCGCCGCCCCAGAGGUCACCGCCACGGAGCAGCUCAUCCUGCAGGAGAAGGAGAUGAUCGAGAACCUCGCCGACCGCAAGUCGCUCAUGUCCGUGCGGGAGCUCGCCAAGGGGAUCACCUACACCGAGCCGCUCCGCACCGGCUGGAAGCCGCCGCUGCGCCUCCGCCGCAUGCCACGCGCCAAGGCCGACGAGCUCCGCCGCAAGUGGCACAUCCUGGUCGAGGGCGACGAGAUCCCGCCGCCCGCCCGCGAGUUCCGGGACCUCAGGUUCCCCGAGCCCGUCCUCCGCAUGCUCCGCGAGAAGGGCAUCGUGCAGCCCACGCCCAUCCAGGUGCAGGGCCUUCCCGUGGUGCUCUCCGGGCAUGACAUGAUCGGCAUCGCCUUCACUGGGUCCGGGAAGACGCUGGUGUUCGUGCUGCCGCUCAUCAUGGUGGCGCUGCAGGAGGAGAUGUUGAUGCCGAUUGUGCCUGGGGAGGGCCCGUUCGGGAUGAUCAUCUGUGUCCUUCUCUCAGGGCAGAGGCGGCGGUGGCGCGCUGCUCUUGCAAGGCAGCGCCGUCCAUUUCCUCUGCCACAAAUCCUCCUCCCACCCGCGACCUCCCUCCGCGCCUCCGGCCAACGGCCUCCCACCACAUCUCGGCGAUCGAGGACGAGCCGAUCUCUCUCCGACGAACUACAACGAUGAACAUCGGAUCCGUACUCCUCCUAGCCGUGACUCGGCGCCGCUCUGAGACGUGACCUGACCUGCUCCUCGAUCCCGUGACGGACCCUCUGGAUCCGAGAAGCUUGUUGAUCUGGGCUUCGUCCGAAGCGUUGAGCGGUGCCGCUGGUUUGAGAUUGGAGUUGUUUGGGUGUGACCUGGAGAAGCAGGGCGAGUCAGGCAUCCUGGCGGCUGGAGUUUGUUGAGAGGUGGUAUCCCGCACCUUCGCAUAGUCAGUGGUGUCGACGACAACAGUGGUGGGACAGCACUACCGCAACCCCAGUGUAUCAAGUGGCCGCUGCCAUGUGUCGGUGGUGGGCUCGCCACAACCAUGGCGGCUCUUGUUCGGCUACAAGCAACCCUACUGUACGUGCUCUUGGUUCUCCCUGUGUUCUGUGCUAGACAUUCUUGAUCGUGAUGACAUGUUUGUAUGCCCCUGUGACACGUGAGAUAGUAGAUAGUUACAUUACAUCAUGUUGAUCUUUAUGACCAUAAUAUCUGAUUCAUGUACAUGGUUGUGCCUUAAUGUUGUCGCUGUGGUGAUGCACUUAGUAAUGCAAACGACUUUUAAGAGCUGUAGUAAAUUAACUGCAUUUCGUGUACUUAGAUGGAGUUACAUUUGUAGCUUUGCUUAUGUAGGAAGACCGUGAUCAUAUAGUGUUAUUUUCGUAUUGACUGACGAGUUAGUCCUUUAUUGCUACGUUCAGUUUGGAGGUGCACUGAGAAGUGCAACAGGAGAUAAAUUUACAGCAUUUUGUGUUCUCAGAUGGAGUUACAUUUCUAGUUUUGCUUAUGUAGGAAGAACAGUGAUGGCUGUAUGGUAAUUUAAUUACAUACAUCUAGUUAUAAAAAGCUGAUCAGUCAUGAUGCAUGUGUGUACUCUUCAAGAUCAUAGUAGCAGGAAUUUAAUUGAUUUAGUCAGAUGGUCGUUGAACGAACUUUCUAAGUUUAACUAGCUUGCACAAAGAUAAUGGGAUGCGGAGACAACUACUUCCACUCUUCAAAACUGCAUUCCAUAUGGUUGUGUCCAUACCAUAUUUCCUACUAUUGUUUUUUACUCUUUCUUUCUUUGUUAAGUAGUAGUAGCACUUCUUGCAAAAAGAGCUUUAGCUUGACCAGAGGCACGCUGCCGGCGGGUUACGCCCCUGUCCCCAGCCCAGCCCUCUCUCUGUUGUCUCCUUCGCCGGCGAUAACCGCCGGUGAACAAAAUAAACCAACGCCGUCAACAUGCCAUAGUAGCGAGAUGGUAAGUACGUACUGUGCAUAGGAAAGAAACUGGGGUGACUGGAGUUUUGUAUCCAUCUGUCCUUCCAUGAUCAAUAGCCCGUCCAGUAUACAUACAUACUGCUAGUGUAUAUAGAGAUUAUAGAUUCACGAAUUCAAUUGUAACAUCAUUAUGCAAUUAUAUGUUAUGGGAAAUAGUUAUUCCUAUCUAUGCCCGUUGGCUGGCACCAACGAGACAUUAGUGUCGCCUAUCGUAUCCUGUAUGUACAUGUCGUACUCGUACCUUGUGAUACUUAGUGCAAUCAGCUACCCUGUAUUUCCUUUUCUUUCUUCAUGUUUAUUUUAAAAUCGAAAGCCCAUCUGAAAUAUAAUUCUUUGUCUUGACCCUUUAACCCCGGUUACACUGCUGGUAGACUGCGGAUCAGCUUACCUAACAACGUUAUUUGCCUCAGCUUUCAGCAAGGCGAGAAUGCUUUUGACUGGUAUGAGAUUUAGGCCUUAUCUAUUUUUUUUUUCUUUUACUUUCAUCAAGGUCUUAUUUUGCUUGCCUAAUGUGCUUUCCUGUCUUUCAUGUAGACUUAAAAUUAUUUCAGUUUCACUGCCUUUUUAGAUAAAACUACCAAAUUGGCAAACAGAAAAGUCAUGAGUCAUGCUAUUGUAAAAAAUAUGGACAGCAGGUUUCGGGUUAAGCUGCAUACCUGCAAUGUGUAGUUUUGGAACAUUAGAUCUUUAUAAGUGGGCUUCUUUUUCAAUCUAUUAACUACAACAAAACAAGGCUGUAGAGGUUUUAUAUAGCAUGAUUGUUCCUGUUCCUCGUCCUCUGCUGUUUGAAAUCAUGCAUUCCUGUCUUUAGGAUUGCUAAAUUAUCUUACUAUUUCUCUCAAGGUACAACUCUACCCAAGCUGAAGACUGGGAUCAACUGAUGAUGAUGCAUAUAGAGUGUGCUGAUUGAAUUGGAAACAUAGCGAUGAUAUAGUUACAUUGAGCUCUAACCGGUAUUAUGAAAAUUCCAGAAUUGGUGUUUACAGUGGAACAAUGUGCUACCUGUUUACCUUGUGAGAUAUUGUUACAAUGAGCUGUAACUGAUAUUGUAUGAAAAAUCCAGAAUUUAUGUUUACGGUGCACUGGAUACUA